GACACCAUUGUGGACAUUGAUAAAGCUUUCCAUGAUAGCAAAAUUGUGCCUGAUAUUAUAGAUACAAGCCCAAAGGAACUGGUCAAGGUAUCCGGUGGUCAUAUCGUUACCGGUUAUUCAGGGCCACACCCGCCAGAGGGCACUGGUCUACACCGAUAUGUCGUACUUAUAUACCAACAGCCGGGUCUACAUAUAAACCCUCCCCCUCGUGAUGAUGAACACCGUAGAAGUUUUAGUAUUAAAGACUUUGCCAAGAAUUAUACCCUGGGUGAGCCUGUGCUUGCUUGCUCAAUAAUAGCUUUUCAAAAUGACAGUAUUGUUCCAGAUGUAUUGGAUGCAUGCCCGUUAAAUACAGCAAGGGUAACUUUCCCGGAAAAUGUAACCAUAACCUUUGGAACUGAAAUUACCCCUGCUCAAGCUAGUAAGGAGCCACAUGUUGAAUGGCCAUCAAAACAAUGUGCCAUGUACACUUUGGCCAUGGUAGAUCCCGAUGCUCCCAGUCGUGUCACACCCACUAAUCGCAAUGUUAAGCACUGGCUAGUGAUGAACAUACCGGCCGGACAGGUAUAUGGGGGUGAUAUCGUUGCCGGGUUUGUAGGUCCGGCCCCACCAGAGGGCACUGGUCUACACCGGUAUGCGAUACUUAUAUACCAACAACCGGACGGUCGUAUAGACCCUCCACCUCGUGAUGACUCACACGAACAUCGCAUACACUUUAGUAUUGAAGACUUUGCAAGGAAUUAUACCCUGGGUGAACCAGUUGCUGGAAAUUUUUUCCUUGCUCAACAUCAAAAAUAA